AUUUAGUUUUGUUAAAACUGUGAUCGCCCGAUACAAAGGGUUAAGCCACCAUAUCCAUAAUCCAUAUCCAUAUCCCGCACUGACCAUAGUUCACAGCGAUCUAUUCCAGCAACCGUGCAGAAGCACCUGUGGCGACGGCAGCCUCAUCCCCCUGUGCCCCGUCUAUUUCACGAUGAGCCACGUGUACAGAACGAAGGCUCACGCGGGCAUCUACCUCAAAUUCAGGCCCACUCCGCCUCCCGCUCUCAUCGAGCAGAUUGUCAGCUUCGUCAAAGAAAAGGCAAGCCUCCGUCUGGCGGUCGAUGUCGGCUGCGGUUCUGGCCAGAGUUCCGGAGUGCUUGCCCCGCACUUCAGCGUGGUACAUGCGUAUGACAUGUCCGAAGCUCAGAUCACGGAGGCUGAGGCCAACAACCAGAUGACUAACCUCACUUUCAGCGUGGCCAGUGCGGAGUGCCUUCCAGAAGCCGACAGCUCGGUGCAGCUUGUCACGGCAAGCCAGAGUCUCCUGUGGUUCGACAGGGAAAAGUUUUAUGCAGAGGCGGAAAGGGUGCUCGUACCAGGAGGUGUCCUCGCCGUCUACGCCUAUGCCACGCCGACGCCCGUGGCCGAAGACCAGGACAGGCUAGACAAGCUGCUGCACGACUUGCUGAACAUGGGUGCUGGGGCUAAGUACUGGGGCGAGAAGAAAACAGUGACCGACAACCUGUACGAGGGAAUACCUCUUCCCUGGGAGGACCAUGUCCGAGUGAACUGCAUCGAAGACAGGAAGGUGCAGACAGUGGCCCACUACGUCAACUACAUCCGCAGCUGGGCUAGCUACCAGGUCUUCUUGAAUGAAGAGCCCGCCGAGGCGGAGAGUCUCAUAAAGAGACUGACUUCAGUGCUGAUGGACAACUUCUCUACAGAGCAAAGCACACCAGAGUCGACACCGAUCGAAGUGAAGAUUCAAUUCUUCCUGCUUAUGGCCCGCAAGCCCUUGGGUUAACACACUGGAUCAACACCAAUGCUGCAAUUUGUGACGUCUGGGCAGUGGCGUCACUGGGGUCAGCGGAACACGGGGAGGUGGCCCGCGGCGACACGGGCUGCGUGCCACUGCGGCCCGCGGUCUUCGCGAAAAAUAGUUGAUAGGGUCGGGUAAGAGUAUGGGGACAGAAUAAACAUGUUCAUUCAAUAGACCUUAUUCAUUAUUAGCGCCAUCUCUU